AUGUCACCACCACCAGGCGGCGCAUCCUUCACCAUGUAUGGUGGCGACACACCUGGGACAAAAACACCGGGUGCCUAUACUCCUAUAGCUUUCACACCUACAGGCUACACUCCAGGGAACUUCACGCCUGGAGGGGCGACGAAGAGGUCGAACUCUGCCUAUACGUUGGAUGCAUCACCAACAAAGACCAACGUAAAUCGCCCACUUUCAGGAGGAACACCAAGAAAGUUUGGUGCACCUGCCUCGUCGCCGACCUCGAGUAGAAGAAGGACUGAGUCAAAGAAGCAGAAUUCAAGAAUCGAUCCCGAGCAGGUGCCGCGACCUGUUGGACAGCCGGAAGCCAUCAAGGAUGAGGGUGGCAAGGUCUAUGAGACCAGCAAGUAUCAUGUUCCGCCAGCAGCAACAACAGUUUGUACCGUCAUUGAUCGGGGCUCGGCCUCGUGUGAGUUCAUUCGAUCCACAGUCAACCAGGUGCCAGCGUAUCCUUCGACUGCCAACACAGCCCACGUGCCCAUGGCAGCGAUUUGCCAGCCCUUUGCCGAGCUAACUACGCUCGAGGCGCCCAUCCCCUGUGUCGAUCUUGGUGAAUCAGGCCCUUUUCGGUGCAACCGGUGCAAAGCCUACGUGAACGCCUUCUUCACCUGGCACAACCAUGGCAGGGAGGCCACCUGCAACUUUUGCAGCCAGCGUGUGGAGGUGCCGACGGAGUAUAUGUGCAACCUUGAUGAGAAGGGUCAGCGGAAAGACAAGGCAGAGAGGCCUGAGCUGAACCGUGGCACCGUGGACUACAUUGCUCCCAGUGACUACUCGGAGACCCUGCCGGUCGUGCCUGCCACCAUUUUUGUCGUAGAAGCGACGCAAAGAUCAUUGCAGUGCGGCCUUCUGCCACAAGUCAUGUGGACACUGCGAUCCCUGUUGGGCUUCAUGGAACAGCCCUCGUCUCGGAUUGGUAUCCUGCUGUUCGACCACGCCUUGCACUUUUUUGCGUUCUAUCCUGGAUUGGAUUGCGCGCGACAGAUAACUGUCUCCGACACAGAGGAUCCUUUUGCUCCCUGUGGUGCAGAUGCUUUGCUGGUAGAUGCAGAGGAUCCUCUAUACCGAAGUCAGAUAGACACGCUUCUGGACGAGCUGCCUGGAUUGCUGUGCACGGAUGGUCUGGCCGACCAGGCGGCUGGCUGUGCUGCCUUGAAGGCAGCCACGGAGCUCGUUGGAGGGCGAGGUGGUGGCCAUGUGAUUAUGUUUCAUGCUAGCCUUCCAAACUCGGGAAUUGGAGCUCUGCGACACCGGGACGACAUCAAGCUGGCCUCUGAGCCCGAGGGUGGGGGUCUCUUCAAUGUCCAGCAGCCAACCUUCAUUGAGGAAAUCGGCACAGAUUGCCUGGCUCGUGGAGUGGCUGUAAGCGUUUUUUGCGCUCCUGCGACGGGUAUCUACACUGAUAUGACCACGCUCAGCAGAAUUCCCAGGAGAACUGGCGGCGAAAUAUGUUUCUACCCUGGAUUCGAUCCAAGCCGAGAUGGCGAAAGACUGCACUAUGAUUUGUCCAGGACUGUGGUGCAGUCUUCAGUGUACAGCGUCAUGUUCAAGCUGCGGGUGAGCAAGGGGCUUGCCAUCGACAGCAUGCACGCCACCUGGGAUCCCGAGGUCAUUGAUCCGAGCACUUUCUCUGUCUCUCGCAUGUCAGUGGAUGCCACGGUAGACAUCACUUUUGUGCAUGGAGAGAGGAUUGAAGGUCAGAAGCACGCGUACCUUCAGGUUGCUUGCCUCUACACCAGCAAGGCUGGCAAGAGGCUGAUACGGGUGCACACAUUGCAGCUGCCUGUAACUUCCUCAUUGAGCAAUGUCUUCCGCUACACGGAGAUUGACGCCGUGACAAAUCUGCUGCUUAAACAGGCCGCAGAUGCUGCGCUCAGUGGGAACGGCAGCUUCAAGGAUAAGCUAAUGAAAGCCUGUGUGGACAUGCUACAUGCCUACCGGGCAAACUGUGCCUCAAUGACAUCAGCUGGCCAGCUAAUCUUGCCGGAGUCAUUGAAGCUACUGCCUUUGUACAUUGGCUCAAUCCGAAAGUUUCCAGCCUUCCGAGUAGGUUCUGACAUCAAGGUCGAUGAUCGGAUAGUGUUCUUGAUACGGACUCUGGGCCUGCCGAUGGCCUUGACGGCACCGCUUGUGUAUCCACGAGUCUACACUAUGCAUCCUUUGCCAGAGAGGGCUGGCUGCCUCACAGGGGUCGCAGACAAUGUCUACUUGCCCCCCACCAUUGCCAGCUGUAGCGACAAGCUUGCGAACGACCGCAUGUACCUGAUCGACAACGGCAUGAGUCUACGACUCUACGUGAGACCAGGUGUGGAUCAAGAGGUGCUCUACCAAGUGUUUGGCGCCGAGAACCUGCAUGAUGUAGCCGUGAUUCUUUCUGCACCAGAGGAUCACAUGGACUCUCUCAGCGAAGAAGCUGAACGGAUGCUUGCCUGUGUGCAGCAGAUUCGCAGGGAGAGAUGGAGGCUUCCCUGGCAGUCCUUCUACGUGGUCCUUCCAGGCACUCCUGAGGAGCAGCGACCUGAGAUCAAUGUUGCUUCAUCGAGUCAAGGGGCACAUCAUUUGCAUACCGCAAGCCCGCCUCGGCCGCUUUGGCCGAGGGAAGACAAUUGA